AUGAAAACUUCAUUCCAAAGAUCUCAGACUUUGGAUUGGCAAACGUUAUAUCCAAUUGAUAAUAGCAUUGUGACAAUGACAGCAGCAAGGGGAACCAUUGGAUAUAUGGCUCCAGAAUUGUUUUACAAAAAUAUUGGAGGAAUAUCUCAUAAGGCUGAUGAUGUAUACAGCUUUGGAAUGCUUUUGAUGGAGAUGGCGAUAGUGGAAAUGCUUGAAGGCGACAUUGAAGAUUUGGAAAUACCUCCAAAGCCCACUAUCCGGAUGAUACAGUUAGAGAAGAUCAAACAAUCAAUACAAUAUUCAGUAGCUUUGACACGUUCUCCUAAUUAUUCCAUGUAA